AUGGCAUCUCAAGAUCCCGAGAAGCAAGACCUGACCUAUGAAAAGGGCGAAAUCAAGGCGAAGGGCGCCUUCACGGCAGAGAUCCACAUCGCCGUCCGUGUCUCACUCCAAGAUGUCUGGAACGAUCAAUACGCCGGCAGCCAGAUCAUGGCCAAGCGACCGGGCAUGUACCUGAAGUACUUACCUUGCCGCUACCACGAAGUCAGCGGUGAUAUGCUCACGGGCGGCGCGUACCUGUUCACCACCAAGGAAGAGGCAGAAGACUUUAGCAACUGGACCAGCAAUGAGUUUGAGGUUGGCGAGCCAAAGACAAAGUACUGGAAGCAACCGCACUUCAAGUCGGUGACUCACUGGACCUGGAACGUCAUUGGGGCCUACAACUUCAAGCCUGUCGAUGAGCAUGCCAUCGGUCGCUUUCAGCGCUGGACAUAUGACAUCAAAGACGCCGAAUCGAUUCUGAAGCAGCUGUACCCUGUUCUGAAGGAUGGAGCUGAGAACCGCGAGGCGACUUCCUUCUGGCUUCUCCACCGACCUGAAGACAAGAUGAUUGCGAUCCAGAUGACGUUUGCCAAGACCAAGCAGGAUGAUCAUGAGUCUGCUCUCGAAUCUGUCAUAUCUGCGGCUGACCUCACUUCACUGGGUGAGGUCUUUCCAGACCGUCUCAACGCUGAGCUCGAGUUGGAUCGUACUAGUGCGUUGCUAGCGCUCUGGCUGCCUCUGGCUCAUCACACCAAGGGUGUCAAGGUGGAAAGUCCCAACUUUCCUGCCCUUCCAGCGCUGUCUCAGGAGGGGCUUCUUGUGGAAUUGUGA